GUGUUUCUAUUGAUUGCUGGUUUCCUUUUUCCAUGAACACAACUUUUUACUGUGCUGCUUGUGAAAUAUUUCUGUAUUUUUAAGCAUUGGACGUUCCAAAGGACAAACAAGCUGCAAUGUCUGAGAUUCGAAAGAUGCAGGAGGUCUCAUUUGUCAAAGAAGAGGCUUCUUUUGAAGAUGCCAUUUCUUUCCAAAAAGAGAUGUAUGAGAGCACAGAGUUGAAUUAUAAAGACCAAGAGCUAAAAAGCAGUGAGGAUAUUACUGUUUCCAAGGAAAAGUCCAGGAAGAGUGAUGUCAUUCCUCAAACUACAGCACCCCUCCAAAAAACAAAUGAAAUAGUUGGAAAAAAUUUGUUGCUAUGUUAUAAGGAAGAAUUAGCUAGUCGAAAAGUCGAUGUGUUACCUCAAGCAAUGGAUGAUUCACAGAAGGUCCAGCAAGCUCCAUUUUUUGAAUAUCAAAAAAUGCACAAAGCCCUAUUUCUCAAAGACGAACCUUCACCUGAAGUAGGAAUUGCUGUCAAAAAAGAGGUCUAUGAGACCACAAAAUUCUCUUGUGAGGAAAAAGAGCUGAAAAGUACAGCCUCUGUUGCUGAUUCAGGAGAGAGGUAUUUGAAGAGUGAUAAAGCUCGAAGUAUGGCAUCAUUCGAAAAAUCCAGUGAAGUAGAUAGAAAAACACUUUUGCUUUCUAAAAAGAAAGAAUUAAUUAGUCCAACGGCUGACGUUGCAUCUCUGCAAGCAAUGAAAGUUUCAAAGAAAUUUAAGCAAACUCCAGUGUCUGAGACUGAAGAAAGGCGGGAGGUCUCCUUUGAUAAAGAGCAGGCUUCUCCCGUAGCAACAGUUCCACUCAAAACAGAUGUUUGUGAGAGCACAGAAUUGUCUUAUAAAGAGAAAGAGGUGAAAAGUAGGGAUGAUUACACAGAUUUACGAGAGAGUUCUUUGAAGAUUGAAGACAUCCCUGAAAGCAUGGCAACCCCCGAAAUGGCCGAUAAAGUAGUCCGAAAAAUGUUGCCUUCUGAGGAUGAGGAAGUAGUCAGUUUGAAAGCUGGCACUGCACCUUUUCAAGCAAUGAAAGUUUCAAAGAAGCCUAAGCAAGCUCCAGUGUCUGAGAUUCAAGAAAGGCAGGCAGUCUCCUUUGACAAAGAGCAGGCUUCUCCCGUAGCAACAGUUCCUCUUGCAAAAGAUAUUCUUGACAGCACAGAAUUGUCUUAUAAAGAGAAAGAGAUGAAAAGUAGGGAUGAUUACACAGAUUUACGAGAGAGUUCUUUGAAGAUUGAAGACAUCCCUGAAAGCAUGGCAACCCCCGAAAUGGCCGAUAAAGUAGUUCGAAAGAAGUUGCCUUCUGAGGAUGAGGAAGUAGUCAGUUUGAAAGCUGGCAUUACACCUUUUCAAGCAAUGAAAGUUUCAAAGAAGCCUAAGCAAGCUCCAGUGUCUGAGAUUCAAGAAAGGCAGGCAGUCUCCUUUGACAAAGAGCAGGCUUCUCCCGUAGCAACAGUUCCUCUUGCAAAAGAUAUUCUUGACAGCACAGAAUUGUCUUAUAAAGAGAAAGAGAUGAAAAGUAGGGAUGAUUACACAGAUUUACGAGAGAGUUCUUUGAAGAUUGAAGACAUCCCUGAAAGCAUGGCAACCCCCGAAAUGGCCGAUAAAGUAGUUCGAAAGAAGUUGCCUUCUGAGGAUGAGGAAGUAGUCAGUUUGAAAGCUGGCAUUACACCUUUUCAAGCAAUGAAAGUUUCAAAGAAAUUUAAGCAAACUCCAGUGUCUGAGACUGAAGAAAGGCGGGAGGUCUCCUUUGAUAAAGAGCAGGCUUCUCCCGUAGCAACAGUUCCACUCAAAACAGAUGUUUGUGAGAGCACAGAAUUGUCUUAUAAAGAGAAAGAGGUGAAAAGUAGGGAUGAUUACACAGAUUUACGAGAGAGUUCUUUGAAGAUUGAAGACAUCCCUGAAAGCAUGGCAACCCCCGACAUGGCCGAUAAAGUAGUCCGAAAAAUGUUGCCUUCUGAGGAUGAGGAAGUAGUCAGUUUGAAAGCUGGCACUGCACCUUUUCAAGCAAUGAAAGUUUCAAAGAAGCCUAAGCAAGCUCCAGUGUCUGAGAUUCAAGAAAGGCAGGCAGUCUCCUUUGACAAAGAGCAGGCUUCUCCCGUAGCAACAGUUCCUCUUGCAAAAGAUAUUCUUGACAGCACAGAAUUGUCUUAUAAAGAGAAAGAGAUGAAAAGUAGGGAUGAUUACACAGAUUUACGAGAGAGUUCUUUGAAGAUUGAAGACAUCCCUGAAAGCAUGGCAACCCCCGAAAUGGCCGAUAAAGUAGUUCGAAAGAAGUUGCCUUCUGAGGAUGAGGAAGUAGUCAGUUUGAAAGCUGGCAUUACACCUUUUCAAGCAAUGAAAGUUUCAAAGAAGCCUAAGCAAGCUCCAGUGUCUGAGAUUCAAGAAAGGCAGGCAGUCUCCUUUGACAAAGUGCAGGCUUCUCCCGUAGCAACAGUUCCUCUUGCAAAAGAUAUUCUUGACAGCACAGAAUUGUCUUAUAAAGAGAAAGAGGUGAAAAGUAGGGAUGAUUACACAGAUUUACGAGAGAGUUCUUUGAAGAUUGAAGACAUCCCUGAAAGCAUGGCAACCCCCGAAAUGGCCGAUAAAGUAGUCCGAAAAAUGUUGCCUUCUGAGGAUGAGGAAGUAGUCAGUUUGAAAGCUGGCACUGCACCUUUUCAAGCAAUGAAAGUUUCAAAGAAAUUUAAGCAAACUCCAGUGUCUGAGACUGAAGAAAGGCGGGAGGUCUCCUUUGAUAAAGAGCAGGCUUCUCCCGUAGCAACAGUUCCACUCAAAACAGAUGUUUGUGAGAGCACAGAAUUGUCUUAUAAAGAGAAAGAGGUGAAAAGUAGGGAUGAUUACACAGAUUUACGAGAGAGUUCUUUGAAGAUUGAAGACAUCCCUGAAAGCAUGGCAACCCCCGACAUGGCCGAUAAAGUAGUCCGAAAAAUGUUGCCUUCUGAGGAUGAGGAAGUAGUCAGUUUGAAAGCUGGCACUGCACCUUUUCAAGCAAUGAAAGUUUCAAAGAAGCCUAAGCAAGCUCCAGUGUCUGAGAUUCAAGAAAGGCAGGCAGUCUCCUUUGACAAAGAGCAGGCUUCUCCCGUAGCAACAGUUCCUCUUGCAAAAGAUAUUCUUGACAGCACAGAAUUGUCUUAUAAAGAGAAAGAGAUGAAAAGUAGGGAUGAUUACACAGAUUUACGAGAGAGUUCUUUGAAGAUUGAAGACAUCCCUGAAAGCAUGGCAACCCCCGAAAUGGCCGAUAAAGUAGUUCGAAAGAAGUUGCCUUCUGAGGAUGAGGAAGUAGUCAGUUUGAAAGCUGGCAUUACACCUUUUCAAGCAAUGAAAGUUUCAAAGAAGCCUAAGCAAGCUCCAGUGUCUGAGAUUCAAGAAAGGCAGGCAGUCUCCUUUGACAAAGUGCAGGCUUCUCCCGUAGCAACAGUUCCUCUUGCAAAAGAUAUUCUUGACAGCACAGAAUUGUCUUAUAAAGAGAAAGAGGUGAAAAGUAGGGAUGAUUACACAGAUUUACGAGAGAGUUCUUUGAAGAUUGAAGACAUCCCUGAAAGCAUGGCAACCCCCGAAAUGGCCGAUAAAGUAGUCCGAAAAAUGUUGCCUUCUGAGGAUGAGGAAGUAGUCAGUUUGAAAGCUGGCACUGCACCUUUUCAAGGUAUUAAUAUAGAAUUUUCUCAGUUGAUUAAUGUUUGGCUUGAUUGCAUCGUAGCGAUUCUGUUGUUUGCUGAUUUAUUUUUCUAAGUACUACAGUUGACUUUGUUGCCUCUGAAUUUUUUUGUAUUUUUAAGCAAUGAAAGUUUCAAAGAAAUUUAAGCAAACUCCAG